AUGGAUAAAUAUGUAAUUGUGAGUCCGAUCGGCGAAGGUUCUUUCGCCAAAGUAUAUCGAGGCAGAGAAAAGUUUACUGGAAGGGAUGUUGCUCUUAAAUUUAUUUCAAAAUUAGGAAAAAGUGAAAAAGAUUUAAAUUCCCUUCGUCGUGAAAUUGAAAUUUUGCGCAAUAUGAAACAUGAGAACAUAGUGGAAAUGAUACAUAGUUUUGAAACAAGUAAUGAGCUUGUAGUUGUAACGGAACGCGGUUUAGCAGAUUUAUAUCAAUUAUUAGAAGACGAUGUUGAUUUACCUGAAGAAACGGUUCAGAAGAUCGCCUGUCAAUUAGUAUCAGCAUUGUACUAUUUACACUCUCAUCGUGUGUUACAUCGAGAUAUGAAACCACAAAACAUACUCAUUUUCCAAGGGGGGCGUGUGAAGUUAUGCGAUUUUGGAUUUGCACGAAAUAUGACAAUGAAUACAAUGGUUUUGACAUCAAUCAAAGGUACACCUUUGUAUAUGUGUCCAGAACUUGUUGAUGAGAAACCGUACGAUCAUUCAGCUGAUUUAUGGGCUCUUGGAUGUAUUCUCUAUGAAGUUUAUCAUGGAAAGCCACCAUUUUUUACAAAUAAUGUCUUUCAUUUGAUUAAAAUGAUUGGAAGCGAGUCUGUCAAAUGGCCAAAACCAAUUAGUCCUAAUAUGAAAAGUUUUCUAGAAGGUUUACUAACAAAAGAUACAGCACAUCGUUUAACGUGGCCAGAUCUUUUAAAUCAUUCAUUUGUUCAAGCUGGCGUUAAAGUACCUGCUUUGUCUGAAUCAAUUGUUGGUCCGUUGACUAUUCCUCCUACAGAAGAACAGAAAAUGUUAAAACAACAGCAAAUCAAAAGUAAAGGUGGUUCACGUGGGCCAUCGAAGCUUUUAUCAAAAUUUAUGCCUGAUGAGCACCGAAAGGAAGCACCAAAAUCACCGAUAAAGAAAGAAAAAACACCAAAAAAGAAAAUUCCAACAAAAGUCGAUGAACAUUCUACCAUUCCGAAUGGAGUUGUGGAUCUAGUCUCAAUUGAACAACCCAUAUCAGCAAGUGUUCAGCCUGUAUCUACCACAAUAAAAAAGAAAGAAAUGGCUAUUGAAAGAAAAUCCUCUAUUAUUGACCAACCUAAACUUAAACCACCAUCGACGACAUCCGAUUCGGAACAAGAAGAAAAAUGGUUGUCAGCUCGAGAAAACAUAUCGCCUCCCAUCAUGCCAAAUGAACAUGAACUCGAGCAGUAUUCUGAAAAAAUCGAAUUUAUGAACAGCGAUCAAAUCGUUGAAUUAUUACACAAUAAUCAUUUUUAUACAUUGUUAGAAUCCACAAAUUCAUUAGCAUUACCGAAAAUGUUUGAAUGUUCUUUAAGAGGUGCGUCGUUAUACCGAAAUAUGAUGAGAAUCAUUCGCUGCAUUCUACAAUCAGAUGCUGAGCCAGUUUUACUUAUAACAUUUUCAAAUUCAAUUCAAUUACCAGACUUUCUUGUGAAACAUUUGAAACAAAUCAUGGAACAAACAGUCAUUAGAAAAGAACCUUGGUUUGGUCAUGUUCUGUUCGAUAUUUUGAUUGUAAUUCGUUUAUGGUUUGAGCUGAUAACAACUGCAACGUUACAACAACUUAAUCCAGAUGAAUGUGAACAUUAUUUAACAAUUGCUCAUUCGUUUCUUGAACAAUCGUCUAAAAUAUUGCAGCUAGCACAAGAUCUCGAUUAUAGUUUGUGUUGUGAAACAUUAAUGAUUCUAAUUAUUCUCUGUGAAUCAUUUGAGGAUUCAUCAGCUGAAUUAUGUCAAGCAUGGUAUGAUCCAGUACGACUUGAUCAAUGUCAACUAUGGUCAACUAUUACUCACAUGACAACGAAUUAUAAACAUGAUAUAAAUAAACAACCAGGAUCCUUGGAUGGUGAUCAAGCUAGCCAAGAACUAUUGUACAGUGAAACACGAAUGUACGUUAUUGCUAUUAUGGCUGCAUUUACUUAUCCAUCUCAAUGUUUACCGGAUGAUUUAUUACAACCAAAAAUCAAAGUUGCAAAUUCCCUUGCAAUGAAACUGCUCGAAACAAAUUAUGCUGUAUUUCGUGAUGUAUGGAUUGCACAAUUUAAAACACCAAAAUGCGGUUCGAAUAUUCUCAAAGCUAUCUAUGGUUUUUGUUUAUCGACACCACGUUUUAGUUCGUUCUUACUAGAUGGAUCAUUUGUUUCACACGAGUUAUUAGAUUUAUUACGUGGACAAAUUUCAUUCGAACCUGCAGAAUUAGAUGAAGCAAUCGAAUUAGCUAUCCAGAUCUCAACUGUUUUAUUGAAACAAAUUGUUUUACAAUGUGAUAAUUUAACACAUGUUGAUCUUAGAUGUAAAUAUUCGAUAAAGGACGAAAGAAACUUUGCGAAAAUUCUUCCCAUAACAUCCCACAUAACUCAAUUAGCUCUAACAACCCAACUUUUACCGCAACGCGCUGCUUGUGCACUACAUCUUGUCUAUGCUAUUGUUUGUGGGACAAAACCUGAAUUAAAUCCAGAUGAAUAUAUUCAAAGUUUAUCAACGAUAUUUCUUCAAUCAGAAUGCGAUUUCAUUGUUCGAUUUCCAUUUCAUCAUGGUCUAUUGGAUGGUGUCAUAUCACUUUUACUCUAUUUUGUUCAGAUCGAUCCACAAAAGACUGUUGGAAAUUUAAUCGAUUGUGAAUUAUUUUUCAUUUUAUGGCAACAAGUUCGGGCAGCAUUUCAAUCGUUAUCUCCGUCAGAAGAACAUGAUACUACAAUGGAGCGUUCAUCAAUUAACAAUUCAAUAGGCACACCAGAUUGGAUAUUGAUUUCAAAACAUGGUAUACAUGACUUAUUAGAAUUGACAUUAGAAUUAUUUCUUCAGCGUAUGCACAAAUGUUUGAGUAUGUUGAUCCAACCUGAAAGUAUCAUGUUUGAAUCAUUAUGUUUGAUGCUCAGUAAACAAUUGGUCGAUCAAUUCGAAUUAAAUAGAUCAGAUGGUAAAUCAUCAUUAGUCGUUGAAAUUGUUACAUUGGUCUGCAAUACACUCAUGUUUCCAUUUUCAAUUGAAACAAGUGAUGUUUUCUUGGAAAGAACAUUAGAACUAUGUCAACGAUUCAAACUCAUUCAUAAGCUUCUUACGAUAACAGUGUCUCAUUUACCAAUUUCACGAAUUGAAGUUCCGAUUGGUCUUAUUGGACAAUUAAGCUAUUAUCAAGAAGGUGCUCGAAAAGUCAUUAUACAAAUGUUGAUAAAUGAUGUACAGUUACGUAAUUUUUAUGAAAAUGUAUUAUAUAGUACCAAUGAAAGUGAAUUUAUCUUGUGUGAUGUUCUUUUCACAUUUACGAAUCUCAUCAGAACUACUGACACAAUUGUACCAUGUUUGACUGAUAUAUUAAGUGGACCAAAAAAUGAUUUUGAUGUUUUGAAACGUGCAUUAUAUGGCAGUAAUUUAACUAAAUCAAGAUGUUGUUUUCUAAUUGGACAUAUGACAAAAUAUUCUCGUGCAUUUUGUAAUAUUUUAAAAUCACAUGUUGAUAUAUUGGAUUCAAUUCGACAAUGUUGUUUUGAAGAAGAUGCUCAUGUUCGAAAGAUGGCAUUUUAUUCAUUAGGCAACUUUAUUUGCACAAAUGAGAUACUCUACGAUUUUGUUGAAGAAUUGACACCAUAUUUAAUUAAAGCAUUAAAUGAUACAAUAUCAAAAAUUCGAUCGCAUGCUGUUAAUAUACUCGGAUUUCUAUCAUUUCAUCGUUUAUCAGAUCGACUAAUUGAAAUGAAAGUACCAGAAAAAUUACUCGAUGUUGCUUGUCAUGAUACGCACGUUCUAGUGCAAGAGUUUGCCAUACGAGCUUUAAAGAGUCUCUCUAAGCAUGAUCAAGCCCGAGAGAUUCUACGUGAAUGUAAUGGAUGCGAAAAAUUAUCUAAUUUACUAGCAUCACUAUGUGUCAUGGCUGAAAAUAAUCAAUAUUUUGAAGCUGAUACACUUGUGGAAGAAUGUGAUGAGCUUCUAAAUAUGUUAAUUGAAGCAGAGUAA